CGCGAACAUAAGAGAGGGAGAGGGCGGGAUUGGCUGGGCCGUCAGUUUCCGUCGCUCUCGCUCACUGGUCUCGUGGCCGAUCGUGCAAUCGCGAAAGAGGGAGAGGGACGGCGAUAGAGAGGGGAGAGGGGCAGCCAAGUAUCUAGGGUUUCCACUGUCCUUCUUCCUCGCGGAGACAGGGGGCUUUCUUCUAGGGUUUUGAGAAUCUCCGUCCAUCAACAGAGGGUAGAAUAGCUCCUUACUCGGAUUGAACGAAGAGAUUACUAGGGUUUCUCGAUUUGCUUUUUCUGGCCUUCCAGGUGUAAUGCUUUCCUGUGUGCAUAUGUGUGAUGAUAGUUCCAAGUUCUUUUUUCUUGUUUCCUUGCAGAAUUGGUGUCGGAGAUGGAUUUCGACGAGUAUGCUUAUUUAGAGCAGACUGUUGAGGACCCUGGGUUGGCCAAGGGUUCUGCAAAUGAUGGAGGUGGAACUUCAGGGAAGCGUGAGCGUGAGAAGAGUUCGAGGCACAGGGACGUGGGGGAUGGGGACAUCACGGAGAGCAGGUCCAAGAGGGAAAGGUCUGACAAGCAGAAUGGCGAGAGGAGCGAAAAGGGCGAGCAUCGACAUUCGUCGAGGCAAGACCACGACUAUCGUUCCGAGAGGAGCUCAUCACGUCACCGGGAUUCGCCGAGGAGCAGCGAGAAGGACCACCAUAGGAGUGGCCGGGAUAGUGGUGCACGAGAUGGUGAGCGUGAGAAGGAGCGAGACAGGUCGGACAGGGAGAGGGAGCGGGACAGGUCAGAGAGGGAGAGAGAACGAGAGCGUGACAGAGUAAGGGAAAGGGACCGUGACAAUGAAAAGGAAAAGGAGAGGGACCGCGAUCGGGACCGGGACAGGGAGAGGGCUCGGAGAAGCAGCAGCCGCUCGGAAAGGCAUAGGAGCGACCAUGAGAGGGAUCCUGAAUGGGAAAUGGAGAGGGGGCGAAGCAGAGAUAGGGAGGCAAAAGAAAAAGAGAGGGAGAGAGAAAGAGAACGCGAGAUUGAGCUUAGGGACAGAGAUAACAGAAAGUUUAAAGAGAAGAAAGAAGCAGCUGAACCUGAAGCUGACCCAGAGAGGGAUCAAAGGACUGUCUUUGCUUAUCAGAUGCCUUUGAAGGCAAGUGAGAGAGACGUUUAUGAGUUCUUCUCAAGGGCUGGCAAGGUGAGGGAUGUCCGUCUGAUAAUGGAUAGAAAUUCGAGGCGUUCAAAAGGAGUUGGGUACAUUGAGUUCUACGAUGCAAUGUCUGUGCCAAUGGCAAUUGCUCUUUCUGGGCAGCCACUUCUUGGUCAGCCUGUAAUGGUUAAACCUUCUGAGGCUGAAAAGAAUCUUGUUCAGUCAACUGCAUCUGCUGCAGGUGCAGGGGGUCUUGCGGGACCAUACUCUGCCGUUGCUCGGAAACUUUAUGUUGGGAACUUGCAUUUCAAUAUAACAGAGGAUCAACUUCGGCAGGUAUUUGAGGCUUUUGGCCCUGUCGAGCUUGUUCAACUCCCUCUUGACUCAGAGACUGGACAUUGUAAAGGCUUUGGAUUUGUGCAAUUUGCUCAAUUGGAACAUGCCAAAGCAGCACAGUGUCUUAAUGGAAAACUUGAGAUUGCUGGGAGGACUAUCAAGGUUUCGGCAGUCACUGAUCAUGUUGGUAUACAAGACGUUGGAGCAAAUGCUGCUGAUUUUGAUGACGACGAUGGUGGUGGCUUGUCUCUUAAUGCUAGCUCGAGAGCAAUGCUUAUGCAGAAAUUGGACCGCACAGGUACUGCCACAAGUAUUGUGGGCACCCUAGGAGCUCCCAUGAUUAAUGGUGCUGCCCCAGUUCAACCUUCUGUUCUUACCAUCCCCGGGCAAACUUCUCUUGCAACCUCUGCUGUUCCGGUCUUACCAGUUUCAGCUGCUGAACCAAUAGGCAUUCCGAGUGAAUGUUUGUUAUUGAAGAACAUGUUUGAUCCAAGCACUGAGACGGAUCCUGAAUUUGAUUUGGAUAUUAAAGAAGAUGUGCAAGAGGAGUGUUCUAACUUUGGUCCGGUGAAACAUAUUUAUGUGGACAAGAAUAGUGCUGGCCACGUUUACUUGAAAUUCGACAGUGUAGCUGCAGCGUCAAAAGCCCAACAUGCCAUGCAUGGCAGGUGGUUUGCAAAGAGGAUGAUAACAGCAGUCUUCAUGGUUCCUCAGCAGUAUGAUGCAAAGUUUAAAGGCUGAAGUUAGUACUUGAGCCUGCACCCGUAGGCGAGGUUUGCUGGUAGUGUUCAAGUGUUAACCUUUGCUUUAUGGCUAAGUUGCACACAAUUUUGUACUUCGUCAUAGUGCAGAGAAGUUUUUCUGCUUUCCCUCCCAAGGAAAUCAAUAGUAUGCAUAAACUGUACAAGAAUCAAUGGCUUAAGAUUGCAGUAUAUGCUCUCAAGCAAAAUGUAGUUAGUUGUUGCAUUCUAAACCUUGUUCUUGUCAAAUGCGAUUAAAUUGUUGAAUUGUUGAUUUCUUA